AUGCUGCGCACAAAUUGGGACUACGAGGCCAACGAGUACGAUGAGGGCGAAGAGGAGGAGGAAGCAGCUGUGGAGGAGGGCGAAGAGGAUGACUUCAUGGAGAUCGCCGACGCCGUGACUCUG